AUGGAAGUUGCAAGCCAACAUGUGGAUGAGAAGAAUGAGACUCCAUGUCCGUGCAUGAAGUGCCAGAAUAUGAAUUGCCAUUCUCUUCCGGUUGUCCAAGCACAUUUAUGGCAGUAUGGGAUGUCAGUGGUGUGUCACACAUGGAUAUACCAUGGGGAACAAUUCGAGAUAACAAGACAAGCUUCACCUCCUGCAACUGCUCAAGAGGCACCUCGUCUUGAUGAUUAUACGCAUAAUAUUUUGAAUGAUGCAUUCCCACCAGACUUGGGAGUUGUAGAUGAUACAUUGGGGGACAAUGAAGAUGUGGGGGAUGAUACCGAUAUGCAUAGGGUUGAGAUGGAUAAGUAUGACAAGUUGAUUGCUGAAUCUCAGCAACAAUUGUUUCCCGGUAGCAAUGGUACAAUUCAUGCAUGCAAAGGUACUUCAUCAUUGGAGCAACAAGUCAUUUGA